AUGGCUGAAACGCGAACUCACUCCAGUUCAGGAUCCGACAUCGCUGUUGAAUCCUUGUCCGGUUCGGAAUCCUUGAUGGACAAAUUUAAAGAUCUGGAUCAUCGUGGUACAGAAGCUGCGGAGAAGGACGAUUAUGCCACCGCGGUGUAUUAUUACCGUCAGGCUCUAGAAACACGAACAAUGAAUGUUUUAGCAUUGUUCCUCUUCGAGCUUCUACUUGAACCUAGCAACCGACAAGUGGAACUGCUAAAAGAUGAGGCAGCUGGUUUGACUAGCUUUUUCUCUGAAAUACUCCAAGACCCUCAACAAGCUAUUGAUGCUAAAUCAGAGAUUGAAAACCUCACUGGUAUCACUUUGAGACUAGAAGAAGAGGCAACGUCCACUACUCACUCAAGAAGUUGUGCUGGUGUAUCGCACCGUGUUGUAGUGGGAAAAGAGCAUUCACUACUGCGAGCUUUCGAAGAACCCCAAGUUAUACAAAGAUGCGGGCACGAUUUGUUGGCUGCUGCUGCUGCGUCUAAGACCGACGCCACCAUCCCGCUCGACAAGGACACUAUACCCCCCCCACCCCCGAUCCACCUCCUCGGCAGCUUGGUUUUGUUGGAAUCUGACGUUGUUGAUAAAUAUUUGCAACAAAGCUUGAAACGGGUGGACGAUAAGCUCCAAAACCUGAUUGAUCAACAAGACUUGAAGCAGCUAACCGACUCGAAAUUCUUGAAAAGUAUAGUCCAAGAUAUCAAGAAAAUUUUUACAUAUCUCUGGACACAGAUUCUUCAAUCAAUUUACAAUCAAGAGUACCCGGGGAAGGAAGAUUCGGAGAAUAUUUCAUAUAUCUUUGAGAAGGGAAUGAUUUUAUACGCCCUUCACAAGGUGGGAUUUCUCAUAAAUUUCUUUUGCAUACAUCGGUCUUGUUUCUUUAAGCAUCCAAUGGGUUAUUCCGAUGAAUAUGUAAUUGAAUUGUUGGUUAUUCAACUCUCGGAACUUUUCUUUUGUUACCUCGGCCGUGUUGUGGAUGAUGAAACAGAGGAGGAUGAUGUUAAAGUGGAACGAUCUUUACUCGAGAGUGUUAUAGGCAGAAUCCAUGAUGCUGUCAAAUGCUAUUCUUUUGGCUGGAGAUUACUGGAUCGUCUGCAAUAUAAUGAGACUCCCUCUAGAAUCAUCGAUGGAGAAGUUGCCGGGUUCUUCAAUUGGCUUAUCGAUGCACUGAGGAUGCAGGGGAGCCCAAUUUAUAUGGUCGGAGAUAACAAAGAUCCGAUUGAUGCCACAAUUGAGGAGCUGAGGUUCUUAAGGAACAAUCUCUUGGUUGUAUUGGAAUCGUACACGCAAGAGGAGGUUUCUGCUGUCAGGGAAAUGGAAUCUCUUUCUGUUUCAACUUUGGCUCUACUCUUCGAAACAGCAUCCCGAAUUUACUCUGGUUUCUAUGGUGAGAAACAACAGGAUGCAUAUGAUUCAUCAUCGGAGGAAGAAGCAGCUCAUUCGAGCUAUUGUGGCUUUCAUGAUUUCCUUGAAUCCGUUGGCUCUCUCAAGAAACAGGCAACUGACUUGUUCCGCAAUUGUAAGCUUUUUUCUCUGUCGUCUUCGGCGAAGAAGGAAACAUUCAGCGACAACCACAUGGAAGAAUCUGUUGAUUCCCUCCAUAAGCAUCUUCAGGAUCUGAUUGUUCAUGAUGCGCCUUCAAUUACUCCAUUGAGAACUCAGAUGGAAGCAUUCUAUCAUGAAAUGACAUCAAUCAGAGGAUGCCUAAUACAUGAGAUUGUUGGCAAUGAGUUGGGAAAAUCACAGAUGGAACUUCUUAUAGCACAAGUCAAAGAAGCAGCUCGUAAUUGCAGUCUGAUCAUUGAUUCAUUUUCUGCUGGAAAGGGUUCACUAUGGUAUCACAUGUUGGGAAUGUUCAUUGUCACCAAUGACAUUAGAGCGGCCGGCAAGGAGAUAAAAUACAUCCUCAAAGUCAAAGAAGAAAUAAAACCUUCAUCAACAAAUUGGUUCAUCAACCUACAUCAACCUUCAACGAUGAAUCUUGGUUCAUCAACAGCACAAAGUCCUCCUGCGGAAAACCCAAAUUUAAUUGGGGAUGCCGGUAGUGAUGAUAUUGUGGGGUUAAAGGAUUCAGCUAGUGAAGCCAUUCAGAUUCUAACUCAAAGAGCGCCUCAGCUGAAUCUUGUCUCCAUUGUUGGUAUGCCUGGACUCGGCAAGACUACUCUGGCGAAUUCGGUGUACAAACAUCCUUCAAUCAGUUUUCAGUUUCAUGUUCGCGCUUGGUGCUGUGUUUCUCAAGUCUAUGAAAGAGAAACUUUAUUGGCCGACAUAUUAAGCCAAAUUGUGGGACGGAAAACCAGUUCAAGCAAUGAGGAGGAUAGAGGAGAACAUUGUGCUCAGAAACUUUACCAAAGUUUGAAGGGCAGGAAGUACCUAAUCGUGAUAGAUGAUAUAUGGGAUGCAGAUGUAUGGUACGAUUUGAAGAAUAUCUUCCCUGACGAUCACACUGGGAGUAGAAUCUUAUUCACUACUCCACAUCGUCAUGUCGCCUCAAGAGCUCACAGCAUUCCUUAUGCUCUACGCCUACUUUCCGACAAAGAAAGUUGUGAAUUAUUAUGGUCCAAGGUAUUUGGUCGCGAGACUUGCCCACCUAAACUGCUGAUAGUCUCAAAGCGUAUUGCCAAGCAUUGCAAAGGGCUGCCUCUUCUAAUUACUGUGAUGUCUGGAAUUCUGAAAAGCAAAGAAAGAAGCAAAGAAUCUUGGGAACUGGUUGCUGAAGAGCAAGAACCCAAGUUUGGUGGAUUGAUAUCUCUUCAUGGUCGCUCUAUUCAUUACAUAAGCAAUCAAGGAUCUAAGUUUGGUAGAGUGGGACUAUCAGUCUCGGAGGCAGUUUUAUCCAAUAAACUCAUCAAUACUGGAGCCCGUAAGUUGAGGGGCCAAUCUCUGCUGCAGUUUAUCAAUACUCAAAGUAGAGUAGUACAGUCAAAUUAUAAUUUCCUUCUUUGGCAUGAAUUUCUUCUAGUGUUGGAUUUGGGAAAUGUUAGAGUCGAAAGCGGUGCAGAUUCUUCUGAUCUUAUUAUGAUAGCAACUUUAAUUCAUCUGAGGUACUUAUCAAUCCGGAUUCGCACAACAGAGAUUCCAUCUGAUAUAGGCAACCUCCGGAACUUGGAAACUUUGAUUAUAACAGGAGCAAUUGGUUACAUUUUGUUGCCAGAGUCAGUUUGGAAUUUGUUUCAACUCAGAAACAUCCUAAUGAAUCAUGGUUUCUUUGAUUUCCAGCAUUUUAGCAAAACUUUCUUUGAUAAUUUCGUAGAGCAUGAUAAUCUCAAAUCUGUUUCCACUUUGUCUUUAAGGCAUGGAGAUGACGUUGACAAGUUGGUGUUAAGUAAGCUAACUGGCAUCAAGAAACUAGGAUGCAAAUUUUAUGCAGAUUCAUGGGAUGAUUCUAGAGGAUGCAGCCUCUUUCCAGAUCUAGACUUUAUGAGUGAACUUGUUUCACUCAAAGUAAUCUUCUCAGGUAAGGUGCAGUAUCCAUAUAAAAUUAGCUUCCCAUCAAACCUUAGGAAGUUGUCAAUAUCAAACUCCCGCCUUCCAUGGGAAGAACUUUCAGUCAUUGGGAGACAGCUGCCGAAUCUGGAGGUUCUUAAACUACUCAACAAGGCAUUUGAGGGGCAACAAUGGGACAUGAUCGAUGGCGAAUUCCAAAAGCUGAAGUUCUUGAAACUAGAUUUCUUGGAGAUUGAGGUUUGGAAUGCAUGCGCUGAGCACCUUCCGUGUUUGGAGCAACUUGUAGUGUCAAGUUGCCCACAACUUAUGGAGAUCCCUUCUUCUUUUGGAGAAAUUUCAACUCUGCAGUCGAUUGAGGUAAAAUGGUGCAGCCCUUCUGCCAUAACCUCUGUGAACCAAAUCCUGGAGUUGCAGCUUGAUCUUGGCAACCCUCAAUUUAAUGUCACUCUUGUUGGAUUGGCGUAAUGAAUCAGGUUGAUUUUUGUUAUAUGAUGGAUAGCACAUUCCAAAAGCAGAAACUAGAUUCCCUGGAUAUUGAAGAAUAGAGUCAUCCCGGGCUUGAGCAACUCGAAGUUCUGAGUUUGCACUUUAGUCUUCUUUUGAAGGAAUUCCAGCUCUGCAGUCAAAUCGAGAUGGUUUGGUGCACCCCUUUUGCCUUAACUUUUGUCAACCAAAUCCUGGAUUUGCAGGGUGAGAUUUUUGGCAACUCUCGGUGUAAUGUCACUCUAUUUAUGUAGUUCCACAUUAUAAAAUGUGACGAAGUAUAUAUAGAUUAUUGCUGGUGGAUUAUUAAACAUUCAUGUCAGCGCUCUCUUAUGAACACCAUGUUGAUUAUUUAGGAGUUUUGGAGUUCUUUCCCUG